AUGUUUUAUUUUAUAUCUUUUGCCUCAUGCUCAAGUCAACUUAUCAAGAAAGUCGGUCACACAAUAAAUACUAUUAGGCAAUGUGCUGAAGAGGAUAUGAAUUUUACGAUACUCUCACCUUGGCACCAUGAUUUUAUUAUCGCCUUAACUGAAGCACCAGCAGGAGUGCCUAUCUCUUACGCACAGCCAAUUGGUACAUCUCAUCAUCCUUUCAACAUGGAUUUUCCAGCGUAUAGAUUCCCUACCGGAAAUGCAGAAAUAACUGUCGUAUUAAAGAAAGACCAGUGCAUCGGAUUUUCAUACGCUAGUAUACUUCGGUCUGCAUGUAUGACAGGCAUUACUGUUGUCGUUAAUGAUACGUUAAAUCAUCAUUGGGAUACAUCUGCUCGAAAUAUUGACGAAUGUAUAUUCUUUGCACCACCUGCAUUAAUCAAGAACUUUAAGAUCGAUUGCAAUAUGGCAAACGAUAAGGUAUUAGUUUAUAUUCAUAACAUGAUCUUGAAUCGCGUUGAUUAUUCUUUUAAGGGUAAAUAUAAUUACAACGCUUCCAGAGAAAUUCUUAAUCCUAUCAUUUUUAGAUUGGAAACCGAAAAUGAUGACUUAAAGGGCUACGCAAACAUUACAGCAUAUGGCAAAACAAAGCUAAUGAAUCCUCUAUACUAUAGUGGAUCUAUAUCAACCGUUAAGCCAGAAGAUAUCGGUGUUUUCCGUCAUAAUUACGCUUUCCCAAUAAUUGGUUGUGCUCCAGCAGUCCUUCUGCUAAUUGUUUGGAUAUAUGCGUUUUUGUCAAUAUUACGCAAGAAACCAAUUAAAAAUAACCAAAUUCAAGAGCCAAUUCUAUAA